ACCCGUUCAUCUGACUUGAUAGUUUUUUUAAUAGCUUGUUCUGUAUAUUUAAGCUUCUUUUCUUAUUUUUUGUGUAGGCACAUUCAAACUGAAUGCGGGUGGAUUCAAUUAUGCAGGCAAAUAGAGGAGGACACUCAGCUAAUUGCUUCUAUUAAAUCCCAGAUAAAGCUGGUUUGUGAAGGGAUUCGGGAGUUACUGCAACUUCCAGCAGAGAUACACUCACAACGUAGAGCUCCAAAAUGAGCUUUCAAAUCACCAAAGCUCUGCCUCCUCUCUCCUCCUGUCACUGCAAACUCCCCUCUCCCUUCAUCACUGCUAAGCACAAAUCAUCCCACCAUGGCAAGCCCAAGAAGAAACCAGCCUGCAUAUCCCAGAAGCCCUUCCAUGAGUUCUUUCUAAAGAAAGCCACGCUGGCAAUCCAAGCUGGAGCACUUUUAGCCACUGUUGAGCAGCCAGCUUUUGCUGUUACUGGAGUGAACAACGAGGAAGAUCUGGCUUCGGUUUUGAUACAAUUGGGAAUCGUGGCCUUUGGUUGCUUGAUUGUCAUGCCACCCAUCAUCCUCAACUGGCUUAGGAUAAGAUGGUACAGAAGAAACCUCUUGGAGAUGUAUUUUCAGUUUAUGUUUGUCUUCAUAUUCUUUCCAGGCAUACUCCUUUGGGCACCCUUUCUGAACUUCAGGAAAUUCCCACGGGAUCCAUCCAUGAAAUACCCUUGGUCUAAACCGCAGGAUCCUUCAAAAAUCAAAAAUGGAUUUUUGAAGUACCCAUAUGCCACACCUGAAGAUUAUGAGUGAAAUUGAAGAAACGUAGAUUUCUUGCAUCAUAUGACAAACCAAGAAGUGGAAUUCUUGAAACAUUCUCUAGUUGUGAGGAACUAUGGGAACUUAUUGUCAUUGUGAUACAAAGCUUUUUUCCACGCAAUGGAGAGAUAGAUGCUUAUGAAAGUGCUAUUUAAAUGCACACACUAUAUAUAUUUUUGCUAAUGACAGCAUGACAUUGGACUCCAA